AGAGAGAAAUAAAACUAAUGUAUUAACAGUCAGUCAAUGAUAACAACAAUAAUAAUAUUCUAUUAUUGCGUAAUAGAAAUGCAAGUCUGAAGUGUGUGUAAUAAACCCCCGAUGUCUUCAUUAUCUGAUUUUUUUUAAUGACCACUGUUUAAGACAUUGACAAACAAAAUGAGCGGAAAGUCGCCAAAACAGAGCAACACUUUAUUGAAUUAUUUCGCAAAAUCGCCGCAAAUAACGAAUAAGUCGACGACAGCCACGAGUUCUGGAAAAGUUGUUGUGGACAUCAAACCCGUUGUCGACAACAAGUCAUCGACGGCCACAUCAUCGUCAGCGGACAAACUCGAAACGUCGUUCAAAUUGUAUGACUUGGUUUGGGCUAAACUAGAGGGCUAUCCGUGGUGGCCAUCCAUUGUCUGUUUGCAUCCGUCGGCUAAUACUUAUGUGCGGCGCAAAUGUAAGACAGUCUUCAUUCACGUCCAGUUCUUUGACGAUCCGAUCAGCAGAGCCUGGAUUCGGGUCAGAGAUCUUAAGGAAUAUUAUGGCAAACAUAAGUCAGAUGUUCCGCUUCUUAAAGACGUCAAAUGGAACCAAGCGAUCGAAUUUGCCGAUCAAGCAAUGAAAAUGUCUGUUGAGGACAGGUAUACACUGAUUGGUGAUCUGAAAGGCAGCGAUGAUGAUGAGGAUGGCGUCGAAAUGCUCGAUGACAUUGAUUUUGAGGUCGACAAUAAUGGAUCGCUUAGUUUAGUCAACACUAGUAAUGAAAAAGAUUUGAGUCCUAAAUCAAAGACGACAGAAAAAACAGAAGAACAAAAACCGGAUUUGAAACGAAAGGCUGAAACGAUUAAAGAAAAUACUGACCGAAAAAAGAAACAGAGAAUUACUAUUGCGUCGAGUGGUGAGGAUUCAGUUGGAAGUGAUGAUGAGUUCAAGAUUAACUCAGACGAUGAUGAAGAUAGCAGUGAUGAGGAAGAGCCGGACAUUAAAGAAGUAGAAGUAUCGGACAAUGAAUUAAGUUCUGUUGAAGAAAUAGUUUCAUCAGAUUCAGAGCCAAAACAAAAGCGAACGAAGACAUUGACGACAAAAAGUAAGUCAAAAUGGGAUAAGUUUAUGAAAAGCAAAGAUAAUAAAAAAUCAACAAAAAAACCAAAGAAGAAGUCAAAGAAGAUUUCAGAUGAAUCUGAAGAAGAAGAAGAAGAAGUAGAAUCAGAGGAAGAUUCUAUUUCUUCGGAAUAUAAUUCAUCCGAUUCGGAGACCAAACCGAAGAAAAAAACCCAAAAGUCAAAAGAGAAGCCAAAAAAGUCACAAAAUAAAAGCAAAGUCUUGAGUUCGGAAUCAGAAAUAGAUUCUGAUAAUAAUAAUACUACUAAUAAUGCUCCCAAAGAUACAUUCAAACCAAACAAAUCGUUAAUAUCGAGUACACCGGCGAAGAAUUGGUUGACUGAGACAUCGAAAAGAUUGUCGAAAGGGUCGUCACAGCAAAAGAGUAAAAGUUUAGACACUACUAAACGAAAUGGAAAUACCGGUAGUAAUAGUAAUAAUAAUAAACUCAAUAAAAGUAUAGUUUCGUUAGCCGACGAAUCAUUUGUAUCGGUAACUGACCAAAAUGUCAACGACGGCACCACAAAAGAGUGGCCACACUUGAACUUAGAGUUUUUGAAGCCCGAAAAACUGAAAGACCGAUCGGGAAAUUUUAGACUAGUCGGCGACAAAUUAAAUCCCGAUUACGAUCCGACCACAUUGUCGGUACCACAGAGUUUCUUGAAUGACUGUACACCAGCACAGAGACAGUGGUGGGAAUUUAAAUGUCAACACUUUGAUACCGUAUUGUUCUUCAAAAUGGGAAAAUUCUAUGAACUGUUCCAAAUGGAUGCCGUCAUCGCUGUCAAUGAGUUGCAAAUUAUUUACAUGAAAGGCGAUUACGCACACUCAGGCUUUCCCGAAAAAGCGUAUAAACGAUACGCCGACGUACUCAUACAGAAAGGCUAUAAAGUGGCCAGAAUUGAACAGACAGAGACACCGGCGAUGAUGGAGGAAAGGGUCAAAAAGAUGAACAAAAAGGCGACUAAAUUUGAUAGAGUUGUCAACAGAGAGGUGUGUCGAGUGUCAAGUAUUGGUACUAGAAUUCCGUCGGUUAUCGAUUCCGAUGUAUUUAGCGAUCAAAACUCUUAUCUUAUGGCUAUCACUGAAAACUUUACAGAACAAGGCGUUGAUUUUGGUAUCUGUUUUAUUGAUGUAUCGAUCGGUACAUUCAAUUUGAGUCAGUUCUCUGACGAUAGAUAUUAUUCCCGAUUGCGUACACUUCUAGCACACAAUCCACCGGUCGAAUUGGUUUUUGAUAAUAAAAACAUUUCGCCUAAAACUAAACAAUUGGUUGAAAAUUGUGCACCAAAUGCACGAAAAGAAGUGCGAAAAGAAUUUUGGUCACCAAAGAAGACACUCCAAUAUCUAAGUGAUGGCAACUUUUUUGACGGCCAAUUACCUCAGGAGUUGAAUCGUAUGUUAGAUGAAAACGAUUCACUUAAACAAACGCCACGAUCUGACUAUGAAUUAGCCAUUCAUUCGUUUGGUGCUAUCAUUGAAGUAUUGAAAGAAUCUCUAGUGGAUGAAGAAGUGUUAUCAAUGAAACUGAUCCAAGAGUACAAACCAUGUGAUUUGAAUUGUGAUAAUAAGAGUACUGAUGAUAACAUUAAAUUACCCGAACAUAUGAUACUCGAUUCGAUUACUAUAAGAAAUUUAGACAUUUUUUCUAACUCUUUGGGUGGAACUGAGGGCACACUUCUGGAAGUACUUGACUUUUGUUCGACAUAUUUUGGCAAACGAUUGUUAUUCAAGUGGAUGUGCUCACCAUUGUGUGAUAUAUCGCAGAUUCAACAGCGACAACAAGCCAUCGCAGAUCUGUCUCAGGUAUCGGUGAAAUAUGAUGUAGAAGAAGCUAUCAAAGUGUUGCGUAAGUUACCAGAUUUGGAACGAUUGCUCUGUAAGAUUCAUAGUCAGGGAUCAGCUAAACGGGCUAAAGAUCAUCCCGAUUCCAGGGCCAUACUGUUCGAAAUGGAUACCUAUAGUAAACGUAAAAUACUUGACUUUUUGUCUGUUUUGGACGGAUUUAAACAAUCCAUAAAAGUUGUCGAAUCCUUUCAACAACAUCUACCGAAUUUCAAGUCUUCACUAUUGACCAAUUGUUUGUCGUUCGGUACAACAAAUAAUAAUAAUAAUAAUGGAUUUCCCGAUCUGAGUGGACAACUUAGAUAUUUUGAUAAUGCUUUUGACCAUAGAGUGGCAAAACAAGAGGGAAAAGUGUUACCACUACCCGGUGCUGAUUGUCAAUACGAUGAUUGUGUUGAAAAGGUUGAAUCAAUUGUUAAGAAAUUCGACAACUAUUUAUCGGAACAGAAAAAGUUUUUCGGUUGUCAGGUAUCGUACUUCGGUAGCGGUAAAAAUCGCUAUCAAUUGGAAGUCCCGGACAAUUAUACGAAAAAGAUUGCCAAAGACAACGAUUAUAUGUUGGAAAGUUCCCGGAAAGGUUUCAAACGAUAUUCGACAUCAUUUACAAAGAAUCUGUUCGAACAACUGAUUACUGCAGAAGAUGCCAAAGAAAUUGUUCUUCAGGAUGGUAUGCGAAGAAUAUUUGAAUCAUUUGAUAGAAGUUAUGAUAAAUGGUUGAAAGCAAUCAAUUGUUUGUCACAACUGGAUGUACUGUUGAGUCUGACAAAGAGUCGUUCAUUUUUACAACAAAACAGAUCUGUUGUAUGCCUACCGAAGUUUAGUCAUUCGACGGUACCAUUCGUUGAUUUAGUUGAAUCUCGUAAUCCAUGUCUUAUAAAAUAUUGCUAUAAUUUCAUACCCAAUGAUAUUAAAAUCGAUAAUCAGCUACUUUUGCUGACCGGACCUAAUAUGGGAGGAAAGAGUACUUUAAUGCGUCAGUUGGGUCUUAUUGUGAUUAUGGCACAGAUCGGCGCUUAUGUUCCCGCAAAAGAGUGUUCACUGACACCCGUCGACCGUAUAUUCACACGUCUCGGAGCUUUUGAUCGUAUCAUUGAAGGCGAGAGUACAUUCUUUGUCGAAUUGAGUGAAACAGCGAUAGUAUUGAAACACUCGACCAAACAUUCACUUGUAUUGAUCGAUGAAUUAGGUCGAGGAACGUCAACAUUUGAUGGCACAGCUAUUGCCUAUUCCGUGGCCAAAGCCUUAAGCGAACAGAUCAAGUGUCGCACACUAUUCUCAUCACAUUAUCACUCGUUGGUCGAUGAGUUCAAAGAUAAUCCGCACAUCAAAUUGGUUCAUAUGGCCUGUAUGAUUGAGAACGAAAACGAAAGCGAUCCGACAGAGGAAGACAUAACCUUUCUCUAUAAGCUUAAGGAUAAUGCCUGUCCGAAAAGCUAUGGCUUCAAUGCCGCCCAAUUGGCUGGUCUGCCCAAACAGUUGAUCCGCAAUGCAUUCAAAAGAGCCAAACAAUUUGAACUGAAAACACAAAUGGAGUCUAUAUUUGGUAAAGUCAUGCAAAAUACUGUUACCGACAAUGAACUCAUGUCUAUCAUUCCGCACCUCAAGAACUUUAGUUUCAAUAAUAAUUAGUUAUAGUUUUCAAUAGA